CCAGUGCUCUGCUCGGAGGCUGGCUGAGCAGCUGAGUGCGUCAGCAGUACAUUCACGUUUCCACUGAAGGACAAAGGGGGGUGGGGGGGUGAGAACGAGCGUCUUAGCUGCCUGCAACACCGACACACAUCGGAAAGGGAUAAAGAAAAGAGGUAUUGAAGAAUAAACAAGAAGCCGAGACGUGGAUUAGAAUGACGCUCCUGCUGCUUCUUUUGACGGUGGGCUGCCUGUUUGAGUGCUUCUGUGCCUCCUUGUCUCCAUCCCUCUCUCUCUCUCUCUCUCUCUCUCGCUCACUUUCCUUCACGCGCUCUAUCUUUCCCUUGCUCUUGAUCUGUCAGUGGUUCUCUCUCGUUCUCUGUCAGUCUCUCGCUUCCCCCCCCUCUCUCUCUCUCUCCCUCUCUGUUCUGCUCCGGCUACUGCAGUAGUCCACCAGCCAGCCGCAAGUCUGACAGCCACACACAUGGCUAACUGCCACAACUUACUACCUCAGCCCAGAAGAUCAGCUAACAAAUAAGCAAGCAGAAGAACACCGCAGGAGACAGCCACCGAGCCGAGAGGAAGAAUCUCUGUUUAACGGAUAUGGAUACGGAGCACACUUCCACGGACAUCCUCCCCGGCAUUACCCUCUCUCUUUUCUCUCUUUGCAGAAGAAGACAAAAGUGCUCUCUCUGUCUCUUCCGACAGGCUUUCGUGAAGCUCCAUCAGCGCAGAGCAUCCCCUUUUUCCGACCCCCUCCCCCCCACCUACACCUCCACCCCCCCUUCCAGCACCACCAUCUCUCCCACCACCCACAAUCCCCCCCACCCCUCCCCUCAGGAAGAAUAGACGGAUUACUGCUAACUGUGCACACGGCAGCCUGCAACUGCUCUGACCAGGGCCAGCCCAACGUAGGAAGGAAGCAAGAGGAGCACGGAGGAGGAGAGGAGAGGGGAAUGACUGUGCCGGGAGUUCUUUAGUCUUUUUCUGUCUCUCAGUCUGUGUCACAACAAGGCUAAUCAGUGAUCGACUAGCCCUGGGCAAAGUCACACUGAGGGAGGUCUCACCGACAAACGGGACCGGCCGACAUGCCAGCACAUGUAUCUGGAUCUGACAGAACUGGGGAGUUUUUAUUUAUUUCUGUUGAUCACUUCUUCUCUCCUCCUCUGUCACGAUUAUGUGCACUAUGGAUCACUGCAGUUUAACCACAAUGGAGCUGCAUUUUGGAGCCUGCAGACUGGAGAGAGGACAGUCAGUGGGGGCAGAAGGGAUCUGUGCACCUGCCGAGCGUUCCUGGCCUUACCUUUCCCUGUGAGUGCUUUCCAUGCUGCUCUCAUUCUUUAAUAUCAGGAGCCAUUUUGUAACCUUGGUUAACAGAGGGACACUUCACUUUUUCACAAAGGGGAAAACAAGAAAAACAGUCGUGGCAUUUUGAUGGAAGGGAUUUAUCAAUGAAUACAAUCCAUGACAGCGGGUUAAAUGCAUGAAUAGAGGCUAAAACAAGCACUUUUUAAACUAAUGAGCAUCUCCCUGCACUGUCAAUGGAACUUGGGGGCCUUGAUUUGCUCCAGCCAGGCUAGGGUGGUCUGUCCUCUGGUGAGUGCCGUCUCCCCCUACCAUGCAGAAUAAUGAGCCCUCCACACCAUGAGUCCUCUGGGCCAGGUUAGUGUGCAGCCUACCUGGAACGCAGCCCUGCUUGCCAUACUCACCCUCAUAGUGUCUGCUCUCAGUAUGUGCCAGUCCACGGGUCCUAUGCUGGGCUCGGCCAACCCACAGAACUGUCCAGGUGUGUGCUCUUGCACUAACCAGCUCAGCAAGGUAGUGUGUACUCGCCGAGGUCUGAUUAGGGUUCCUCCAAGCAUCCCUGCCAACACGAGGUACCUAAACCUGAUGGAAAACAGCAUAGAGACCAUUCAAGCAGACACCUUCAGGCACCUGCAUCACCUGGAGGUACUGCAGCUGGGAAGAAAUGCAAUCAGGCAGAUUGAAGUUGGAGCCUUCAAUGGCCUCACCAGCCUCAAUACCCUGGAGCUGUUUGACAACAGACUGACGGUCAUACCUAGUGGAGCAUUUGAGUACCUGUCAAAAUUGAGAGAGUUAUGGCUUCGAAACAAUCCCAUUGAGAGCAUCCCGUCUUAUGCCUUUAACCGUGUCCCAUCCCUCAUGAGACUGGAUCUAGGGGAGCUAAGAAAGCUGGAAUACAUCUCUGAUGGGGCAUUUGAGGGCCUCCAAAACCUCAAGUACCUCAACUUGGGGAUGUGUAACCUGAGGGAAUUUCCCCAUCUUUCACCACUAGUUGGUUUGGAGGAGCUGGAAAUAUCAGAGAAUGUUUUCCCUGAGCUAAAACCUGGCGCCUUCCGUGGGCUCAAGUCCUUACGUAAACUGUGGAUUAUGAACUCUGCCAUCACAACCAUUGAGAGGAAUGCAUUCGAUGACAUCACAGCCUUGGUGGAGCUGAAUUUAGCCCAUAAUAAUCUAUCAUCUCUCCCACACAACCUCUUUAUCCCUCUCCAGUAUUUGGUGGAGCUACACCUGCACCACAAUCCUUGGCGGUGUGACUGUGAUGUGGUGUGGCUAUCCUGGUGGCUCAGAGAAAACAUUCCCACAAAUUCCACCUGCUGUGGACGCUGCCACACUCCAGUCCACAUGAGAGGACGGUACCUGGUGGAAGUGGAUCAGACAACCUUCCAGUGUUCAGCACCAUUCAUUCUUGAUGCUCCUCGAGAUUUGAACAUUUCAGCAGAGAGGGUGGCAGAACUAAAGUGUCGCACAGCCGCCAUGAGCUCAGUUCGAUGGCUUUUGCCUAAUGGGACUGUAUUGACCCAUGGCUCAGUUCACCCACGGAUAUCUGUCCUUAAUGAUGGAACACUGAACUUCUCUCAUGUUCUUCUGUCAGACACAGGGGUCUACACAUGCAUGGUGAGCAACAUGGCAGGAAACUCAAAUGCGUCGGCCUACCUAAAUGUUAGCAAUGCCGAACUCAACACUUCAAAUCUGUCCUAUUUUACAACUGUUACAGUUGAGGUCUUGGAGCCCACAGUAGAGGAGACCCCUAAACCCAAACCUACUCUCCCUGCCUCACCCUCAGUCUUUCAGCCCGUCUUCAUCUCUACACCUACUGUACUGUUCCAAAACACACAGACUCCAAGGCAGGUGUCAAUCCCCACUGCCAGAAUCCCAAGUGGGCCAGCUGCCAGCCUAGAUGAAGUGAUGAAGACCACUAAAAUCAUUAUAGGAUGUUUCGUUGCUGUCACCUUGUUGGCAGCUGCCAUGCUGAUAGCAUUCUACAAGCUACGUAAGCGCCAUCAACAAAGAAGUACAGUGGCAGCUGCUAGGACCACAGAAAUCAUACAGGUCGAGGAGGACGUUCCUCCAGUUAAACCUUCCACCUCUGGAUCUAGUGGUUCUGAUGACACGGGAUUGGUACUGCCUACAUUAGUGGAACACAACAGCAACACCUUUAAGCCUGGGUACGUGACCUCCACCUCGUCAUCUCGCCAAGGGGGAUAUGGAGCUCACUGGACUCACAACAACUCUCUACAUCGCUCAAUCAGACAGCAUCACAGCCACAUCAGCACCAUCACUGAGCCCUACAUCAUUAAGACUACUCAUACCAAGGAGAAGGUUCAAGAGACCCAAAUUUGAGUAACACUGACUAUGGAUCUAUCUGAGACUCUGCCCCAACCUCUCCUCUCCAACUGUCUGCUCACUACUUCAUGCAAUAGAAUGCACAAAGAACAAAACAGUAACUUUCUUUUGUACAGAAGUGCAAAACAGAGACUUUUGGGUUUGUUUGUUUUUUGGUUCUUGUACAUGCCUAUACAUAAGUAUAUAAAUAUGAAAAAAAUAAAUAUAUAUAACAAAACUACCAUCAGGCAGUGGUGAGAUAUGCAGAUUAUAUUAGAAAAGAAAGUAAUUGAAACUAUUUUCUAAUAACUGGUGACUUUUAUUUUAGAAAAGACAAAGUUAAUGAAUUGCUUUCGUGGUUAACAGUAGAAGGCGGUGCUGUGUGUGAUAGAGAAGGAGGAAUUUACUUUUGUUUUCCAUCGUAUUUAGGAUGCACUAAAACAUGCAGUGUUUUUCUUUUUUAAAUACAUCCCCAGAUUUAAAGGCCCAGUUUUUAUUGUACCAAAUAUUAUAUGCAAUAAAACAGCAUUUCCACAACACAGAGCGUGCACAUACACAAAACACAAUCAGUUUCUAGAUAGUAACAUUUAUUUAAAGAUGGCAGUGUAAUGGCACAGUUAGAAUGUGCUGUUCAGUAGCUAUCAGCCAAAUGCUUUAGGACUGCAGUGAAUUUCUGCAGCUAAGGUUUAACUCUCUGGUUGCUGGAGCUAAGCUGCAUUCGUGUGACAGUGCCGACUUGUGCGUCUUCGUUGUAGCAUAUCUUAACAUUUUUAUUUGCUGCGACCAUGGUAACCCUUGUUCAUCUGACAAAGAAUGAGUGCAGGCCAAUAACAGCUUUUACAAAUCCUUUGUUCAGUUAGAGUUUGCGUUUUGUAUUUCUUUUUACCCUUAGGUUUUUGACUUGCUUCUUAAUGGCUUGUGUAGUGUUUAGGACUAAUUUAGUAAUGCAUUACAGCAGCUGCCUGACUUGUCUCUGCAAGGGCUCAUUCCACCGCAAAUUUUUUUCAAAGGAACAGACGUGGUGCAGUAAUACGGGGCUUUUCCAGCCGUUCAGCUUUGAAAAAAAAGAGAGGAUGAUGUGUCACAAAAUGAAUGUCUGAUACUGGAGCUUUUCCAUUGCCUACAUUGAACAAGACAUUGUUUUUCUUUGACAUGUUAUUUUGACCAACACUAUUUUUAUGGAGGGACAAAAGGAGGUCAUGAAAAAUAAAUAAAAAAAA